GUUCAUUAGUCAUAACAAAUAAAACGUCUCGAAGUUCAAGUUGUGUCGAAUGCUGGUAGAGGAAUCGUACUUUUCCCGUGAUUUUAAAACAAGAUAAAAGUUCGAGUGAGUUCGUUCUUUCACAGAAAUCGUGCCGGACUUCGUAACAGAUACCGGUGAAAUACUGUCACACUUUUUCCGUAGAUUUCGAAUAUAAUUGCGUCAGGGCAGUGGAAAUGUUGAAUGUCCCUUGGAUUUAAAUAGUAAGGUUGAUUAAAAGUGUAAUCACAACACACACAACUAUUUUGAAAAUUCAGCAGGCAUAUUUGUUUACCAUCGUUAUAAUAAUUCAAGAAAAAUAGAGCAACAAUUUCACGCUUACACUAUUAAGCUAUUCACGCACAUCCAUCCACACAAAUCAAAAACAUAACAUCAUACGCGAAUGGCUUGGCUUGGUAUUGGCGCAUUGGCUUCCGGUUUAGCUCUGCAACGACUUCUGGGCGGCGAUGCCCCUCCAAACAAGGUGUUGGAAGUGAAAAAUGAUGCGUACAUCAACCUGCACGUACUUCACCGGGACGACGCCAUGCGGCUGUAUGCCCCGAACAAUGGGACUAACGAGAAGAAAAUGGUCUACGAGAUCGUCCUGGAGCGACCGCACUCUGAGACGAUCAACACGUCCUACAGUCUGUACCGGGCGACUACACAAACUGAAGCGGAAGAAAAAUUCGAAGCCUUCCACCAAAGAUUACCCGAGUUAGUAAAGAUGGUUCGCGAGAUGUACAACAUAAAUGGUCUGCAGAAACUAUGCGAUACACUGAUAGAGCAUCCUUCCUGGUCGUUGGCCCACAUAAUUGCGUUCUUCAAUCUCGUUGAUUACGUAGCCAAUCCAAAGAUUGUAGAAUCGUUGGACGAUCCUGACCAUGCCGAUCUUCUGACACCCUUACAGAUUGCUACUAAAGCUAACAACAUUGAAAUGGUCAAAGCACUUCUACCAGUUAGUAGAAUAGAGAACCUGGAUAACAACAGCAAUUCGGUUUUCCACUACGCUGCGAGUACUACCAAAGAAAUGAUCAACCUUCUGUCGGCAAAAAGUACAGCCAAUCUGAACCAUUGUAACGCAGAUGGCUACACGCCGUUACAUUUGGCAUGUUUGGCGGACAAACCAGACUGCGUGAAGGCGUUACUGUUAGCUGGAGCUGAUACGAAUAAAAUGGCCAAGUGCGCCAGCAAUGCCUACAACCAAACCGCCACUACGAGCAAUGUGGCGGACUUUCUGGUAAGCAACCCGAAUAAGCUAUUCACGCAGGAUAUGAAGCACGGUGGUACACCGCUGCACUGGAGCUCGAGCCGGGAGGUUCUGAAUUCACUAAUUGAACGGGGUUGUGACGUCAAUCUCAUCAACUUUAACGGUCAGACUCCGCUACAUGUAAUGGUAACCCGCGAUCGACUGGAGUGCGUGGUAGCCCUGUUGGCUCACGAAGCAGAGAUCGAUGUGGUGGAUCACAAUGGAAACACUCCGCUACACAUCGCCGUCGAGAAGAAACUCAUUCCAAUUGUUCAGUGUUUGGUGGUGUUUGGAGCCGACGUGAAUAAACCGAAUAAGGAGUGUAAAACUCCCCGCCAUAUGGUGGGUAAAGAUGAUUCCGGCUCCAAAGAAGCGAUGAUUCUGUACAUUUUGCAUUCGAUCGGAGCGAAACGGUGCCCGGACACGGGGGGAAGCAAAUGCCCGCCGGGAUGUAUGAACAAAGGAACCUACAAUGGAAUCCCACCGGCACAACCGGAAACAACAGAACAGCGCGAGCACAUUCAACAAAUGCUUGCCAGUGCGACACGACCCGGCCGAAAUAGCAUACCGAGCCUUAUCUCCAAUACAAUCAAGACAGUGCGCGAAGAAAGAGAAGCAAGAGAGGAACUGAAAACCGUUGAUGUCACGCAAGAACGAAAAGGAGCCAGCAUGAUGGAUGCGCUGUUGUCUAUGUUUACCAAUAAAGUUCAAGCAGCUUCCAAACCGACGUCUCCAAGCUCAUCUAAAUCCUCGCCUACAGAGAAACAUUCCGUAGAUAUAGGCGAUGAACCGAUGAUUAUCGAAGAUGUUCCCAAUAGUUCGUCCGCUAUUCCAGCAUAUAAUUCUGAAGAGCAUCAUGGCCGCGGGCGUAUUCUUUGUCUAGAUGGAGGUGGAAUCCGUGGUCUGGUUCUAGCUCAAAUGUUGCUGGAAAUUGAAAAACUCGCACAAACACCAAUCUCGCAUCUGUUCGAUUGGAUUGCCGGAACAAGCACCGGAGGGAUACUGGCGCUCGGCCUCGGUUGCGGAAAAACAAUGAAGCAGUGCAUGUGUUUAUACUUACGUAUGAAAGACCAAGCCUUUGUUGGUUCACGACCCUAUCCCAGCGAUCUACUGGAAUCCGUGCUAAAAGAGCAGCUCGGUGAAUUUACCGUUAUGUCUGACAUCAAACAUCCUAAACUGAUGGUAACAGGGGUGAUGGCCGACCGGAAGCCAGUUGAUCUGCACCUUUUCCGUAAUUAUAAAUGCGCUAGUGAUAUUCUAGGAAUAGCAACUCCUUCCAAUUGCCGAAGACAGCCACCGCCGCCACCGGAAGACCAACUGGUGUGGAGAGCAGCCCGGGCAACUGGUGCAGCACCAUCAUAUUUCCGGGCGUUUGGCCGCUUCCUGGACGGGGGACUAAUAGCAAAUAAUCCAACACUAGAUGCGUUGACUGAAAUACACGAGUACAAUAUGGCGCUAAGGAGUAUUGGACGGGAAGCGGAAGCGGUACCGGUUUCAAUUGUAGUUUCACUUGGCACUGGCCUGAUUCCUGUUACUGAGUUGAAGGAAAUUGAUGUUUUCAGACCGGACAGUAUAUGGGACACGGCUAAGCUGGCCUAUGGUAUCUCUGCUAUUGGAAACCUCUUAGUUGACCAGGCAACGGCGUCGGAUGGUCGGGUGGUAGACCGGGCUCGCGCAUGGUGCAGCAUGAUUGGCGUUCCGUACUAUCGAUUCAACCCACAGAUGUCGGUGGAUAUCGCAAUGGAUGAAAAGAUUGAUGAACCUCUCAUCAAUAUGCUGUGGGAAGUAAAGGCCUAUAUGUACGCCAACCGAAAAAAGGUAAUCGAGAUGAUCAACUUUCUCAAAUAAAUGAAAAGAAAUCGACCACGUUCACAAUUAGGGCGGAAGCCAAUGUUCAUACAGACAAUACAAAAUCAAAGCUGAAUAAAUUUGGAUACAAAAAGUUAAUAACAAAAACCGAAACAUAUUUUUACUAUACAGGUGUCGAUCGAGUAGCGCUUCGACUUCAUUUUCUCCUCAGAAAAACAUGAAACAUAAUUCCGGCUAGUAUUAGCCUAAAGUACAACGAUAGAUAAUUAUCAGCAGAAGAAGAAACACUACGGCUUCAUUUUUACAAUAAUCGAAAGUAGAUGAUUGCCGUUGAAAAUGUAUGAUGCAACAAAAUAUCGAAAAUUGUCCGUUGUAUACUGAAAUUGAUAAGGUAUUUUUUAAUCCGAGACAAUGACAGAAAUACUUCCCUGUAAAACACGAAUACAAUUGUUUUCAAGGAGGAAUUGGUUAUUGUUUUUCUGCAUGUUUUGUGCAUUCACCCGAGACAGGAAUACCAUAUUCUGAUUUAACACAUGUAUCUUACAAAUAAAAAUUUGACAGUCAAACAGCCGUUCCACAACAAAAAAAUGUGUGUGGAAUAAAACUAUAUAGAAGCAUAAAAAGACGAAACUACCACCAAAAAUGAAUAUUUAUUUAAGGUGAACUUCGAUCAUCAGACAACUAACACCGUAUAACUAAAUAUACGAAUGUAUCACACUAGAUUUAAGUGUCCCAAAACUCUUGGACAUCUAAACUUUUGCAGGGAUUACGAAAUGAUCCAGUGUACCUUUGAGGCAGUUCGCUCAUUUUUCCGAACCGCUUAAGUCUAUCCCAUUCGCUGUAGGUAUAUUAUUCCGUGCAAAAGAGGUUUGCGAUAAAUGAAAUCUAAAUUUGAGACCAAGCAGUGACGUUUGAAAAUAACGUCAAAUUGCUGUAAAAAUAGAACACAAAAUCGCUAGCAAUUGUGAAACAUUUUUAGCAAGAAUUAUAUCAAAGACCGAAAAUAAAUGUCGCAGGGACAGAACAUGCUUUAUAAAUUCCGCUUUGAAUAUAUUAGAAUGUCAAAAUCAGAUUGAGGUCUUUGAACAUAAAACAGUAAAAAGUUUUCCCCUGGAAAAUCUGAAUAACUGAAUUCGUAUGAAAAGAUACAUCGUUACAAUCACGAUUAAAAACCGGCUAUAGAGCAAUACUUCGUAAAAACAGGAUAAAUUUCGAGGAUUUUCCAUCGAGAAGCCCUAGUCCGAUUUCUACGAUUAAAGUUUAUAUGUAUCCGAUUUUUACAUUCUAAUAAAGCGGCUCUUACGACACAUGCCCUGUUCUUGCAACCUUUAUUUUUGUUUGCUCAUUUAUAGUUCCAUUUUGAUUUUGUAGGUACGAUCAUUUCUUUCUUCGUAGUCGCCACAACGUUUUGCACAACUGAUUAUUUUUCAUGCUUUUCUAAUCUGUGAUUCUGAUUUGGCCAAAUAUUCUGGGGUUGGUGAACCUUACACGAUUUAGCCCAUUUCGCUGCCGUUUUAAUUAUUUUCACCGAUUCUUUCUCCUAUAAAUUCAGGGCUGACGGUAAGAAGGACCCAACUCAAAAAGCGAGUUUAUUGGCUUUUGUUAUAUGUUCUAAUGUGUGAAGUAAUAAGUUUAUUAUUAAGACCAACACCAUUGGGGCUUUGGUAUGCCUGUUGGUGUAUAAGACUAAUAAAGAGUAAUAAAGAAACGUUUUCAUAGUAGCUUGAUUUAUUUUCAAGCACUUUUUUUCUUUAUUUUAAAAAACAUAUUUACUAUAUUGCGAUAAAAGUAGAUUUCAAAAAUAUUUAAUACCAUUCCCUACAUUCAAUGAUAUUUUGCAAACCGUGGUGUAACAUGUUAUUGUUUAUUUAAGAAAUAAGGAAAGGAAACGCAUCUCUGGAAAAUAUACUUAUGAGCAGAAUCUUUUUCUUAUCAAAUUUUGCAAGUAUCGUUAACCAAAGGAAGAAUGAAAACUUCUCUUGAAAUCAACUGGAAAAAUUGAAUAAAUAAAUGGUUUUACUGUCGUUAAGCUUGGUGUGCAUUUACAAGUAAAUGGAACAAACUCAGACUAUAUUGUAUUAUCAUUGGAAAAUAUUGAAAUGGGUUAUUAAAACAUUGUUGUAAAGACUUUUGAAGAA